AUGAAUAAUAAUUUUAAACCAUCUUCACCAUCUGAUUUUAAUAAUAGUCAACAGCAACAACCACAAAAUAUAAAUCCUACAUUAAAUGCAAUAUUAUCACCAAUUAAAUAUAGUAAUUUAAAUAAUAAUAAUAAUAAUGGUUUAAAUAACUCCAACAAUAGUUUAUUAACAACAUCAAAAUCAUUUAAUUCACUGACAUCAUUAGAGUCAUUAAAUAAUAGUAGUAAUGCCGUUUCUAAUGUCAAUAAUAAUAUAAAUAGCAAUACUAAUAAUAAUGAAAUAAUUAAAAAUCAAAAUUUAAUAUCAUUAAUACCAAAUUAUCAAAUUAAAAAAUAUGAAUUGCAAGUUAAAGAUUUAUUCGAAAAGAAUUCACCAGAUAGUAUGAAAUCUAUCGAAUAUAAAAAGAGAUCAGAAAUUGAAGAUAUGAAGUCUCAAUUAAGAAAUUUAAUAGGUAAUAAAUAUCGUGAUUUGGUCGAGGGUUCAGAUGCUAUUGUUAAGAUGAAAAAAUCAACAGAGUUAAUAUCAGAUAAUUUAAUUCAAAUGCAAUUAGAAUUAAAACAAUUUUCAGAUAAAAGAAAUCAAAGAAAAGGAAUAUCACAAGAUAACUCAAAACAAAUUAAAGAAAAAGAAAUUCAGAAAAAAAUAUCAAUAUUUUCAAAAUACUGUAAAUUUUUAAUUGAUAUACCAGAGGUUAUCUGGAGAUCAUUGGAUAGUAAUGAUUAUUUUGAAGUAUCGGUACAUUUUUUAAAAUCAAAAUAUUUAUAUUAUAAAAUUACAAAUGAAACCAAUGUAGAAAUUAAAAAACUAUUAUCAAAGUUAGUUAUUAUAGAAAAGCAAUGGUUAUUAAUGAAACAAUUUCCAAUUAAGAUUACAAGUUAUUCAAAAUCAUUUUUAUUUGAAUCAAGUAGACAGUUUCAAACACCCAUCGAAAAAUAUAUUGGUUCUUUAUCAACAUUGGUUUUAUUUGACAAGAAAUCAAUUAAAGAUACAUUUAAAGAGUUUUUAUUAUCAAGAAAGAUAAUAUUAUUAAAUUAUAUAUUAAAUAAUAGCCAAAUUCAAAAUCAAUCCAUUCAAAAUAUUAUUGAAAAGAUGAUUCAAUUUUUAAAGAAUACAGUUUAUUAUAUAUUAUUGUUAUUUUAUCCAAGAAAAGAGUUGGUUAGUAACCUCGGCAGCGAUAUCAACGAAGAGGUUGAAGAAGAUGAAAAUGACCUUGUAUCAAAUCAAUAUCAAUCAAAACUUUCAAAAUUCAAAUCAAAUUUAAAUAAAUAUAAAAAAUCAGACAAUACAGAUAAUACUUUUGAAGAAUUAAAUAAAGAAAAGGAGUUUAUAUCAUUUACAGAUAACGAAUUAAAUCAAUUACCAAAGUUAAAUUUUACAUCAUCAAUUUUAGAAGCAACAUUUACAUGGAGAUCACCAUAUUUAAAAGAUUGUUUAAAAUAUUAUAAGCAAGUUUCAAAUGGCACAAAUGAACAAUUAAAUGAAAAUAAUAAUAGCAAUAAUAAUAGUAAUAAUAAUAAUGGUUUAUCAGAAGAAAUUGAUCAUGGUCUAAUCGAAUUUGAAAAUUUUAAUUCAAAUUUCAUAUUAAAUCGUACUUCAGAAUGGCUGGAAGAAAUUUUAACAGAUUUUAAAAAUUCAUCUCAAAUUCAUCUUUGUAAAAUCAAUAAUUUAAAAGACUUAUCAAUAAUAAGAUUAGAAAUAUUUAAUAUAAUUUUAAAGUUUUUAAAUCCAAUUCAACAAUUACAAAAUAAUAGUAAUAAUCAAUCACUUAAUUGGAAUAAAGUUUUCUCAAUAAUUACCGGUAAAGAUAUAAAAUAUUUUUUAAAUAUUUUCAACGAAAUCUUUUUAAUCAAGAUCGAAUCAAUUAUCGAAAAUUCUUUCAAAACCAUCAAUUUAUCAAACAUUCAAAUCGAAUUAUUUAAUCAAAUUAAAUCUGAAGAUAAGAACUUUUCCGAAUUCCUUUGGUUUAAUAAUCAAGAUGAUCCAAUUCAAUCAAUUAAAAAUAAGACUAAUGGUAUAACACCAUCAAAUAAUUUAUUCUUAAUCAAAACAAAUCAACAAUAUAAUCAAUUAAAAAUAGAUUUAAUAAGUUUGUUUAAUAAUAAUAGUAAUGAUAGUAAUAAUAAUAAUAAUUUAAAUAAUAAUAAUUUAAAUAGUUUAAAUAAUAAUGAAGAAAAGCAAAUAAUAUCAAAUUAUUUUGGAAUUAAUGAAAAUUUAAUUAAAGAUUAUAUGAAAAAGUAUUUUUUAAUUUCAAUUAAUCAAUUUACACAAAAAACUGAAGAAAAAAUAAAUAACUUGUUAAAUCAAUUAAAUAAUAUUAAACAACAAUCACAGCAACAACAAUCACAACAACAACAAAAUAAAAUUAUUGAAGAAAUUUUAUUUAUUUCAAAAAUAUUAAAAAUAUUUUAUAAAAAUAUAAUUUUAAAUCCAAAUUUAUAUUUUUUAAAUUUAAAUAAUAUUUUUGAAUCAACUUCAAAUGGUUCUUUAAUUUCACCAAAACAACAACAAAAACAAGAUAAUAAAGAAAAACAAUCAAGUCUUCAAAUUCAAAAUUUAGAUUUAUUAGAUAUCGAAAAAUUAAAGCAAUUGUUUUAUUAUUGCUGUAUAAUCUGGAUCAAUCAAUUCGUUUCAAAGUAUUCCGAUAAUUUAAAUUUAGAAAUUGUAAAUCAAAACUGGGACGAUUCGAAUAGAAUUAAAACUUGGGAAAAGCACACUAUUCAAGCUGAAAAUGAAUCUGGUUCGUUAGAUCAAUCAACAAUCUAUAUUCCAUAUCAAGUUUCACCUUUUAUUUCAUUAUAUUUAAUUUCAAUAUCUUUGGAAAUCAGCAAAUUCAGUUUAAAUACAAUAGAUAAAAAUAUUUUAAAAUAUACCUUAGAAACAAUAGUUUCUAAUUUAUUUAAAAUUUAUAAUGGUUUAUUAAAUUCAACUUCAACUACUACUCAACACAAAUUCAAUAAAGAAGGCUAUAUUCAAUUAUUAAUAGAUUUGAAAUAUUUAGGUUUAGUUUUAUUUGGUAGAGAUUUUAUAAUUUCAAAAAAACAACAACAGCAACAGCAACAAUCAAAUUUAUUAAAUCAAUUUUUAAUAAAGGAACAAAAUUUCAAAAAAUCAAAAAAUCUUUAUCAACAAUCACAAGAUAUUCAACAACAACAACAGCAACAACAAAAUAAUCCAUUAUCUUUAUUUAAUCAAAUUAUUGAAUUGGUAGAAAGUAAAUUAGAUCCAAUUGAUUUAAUGUUUUAUAAUCCAUAUAUAAACAAGUUUUUAGAGUCAGUUUAUUCAAAAACCUUUACAUUGUUUGGAAAUUUCAUUUAUUUACAUAAAACAAUUCCAAAACCAAUCGAAAAGAAAAAAGUAGAGUUAAUAUCUUCACCAACCUCAGUUUCUUCUUCAGAAUCAUCAUCAGAUAUUCCAAAUUCAAUGCAAUUAUUAAAAACAAAUACAAAGUUUCAAUUGUUUUCAAGUGACACUAUACAAUCAAUUACAGACUCUAUAACAAAUUCUACAAAUCAAUCAUCAAAUAUUAAUAAUAGCAAUUUAUUAUCACCACCAAUUCCAAUAAAACAAAAUCAACAACAACAAAAUCAACAACAAAAUCAACAACAACAACAACAACAGCAACAACAGCAACAACAGCAACAACAAAAUUCAUUCCUUUCUUCAUCUCCAUCAUCAACAAUUAAUACAUUCUCUUUUAUGGAGGUUGCUCCAUAUUUAACAAUUUCUUCCAAUACUUUUAAUGAAAUAUUAGAACUUUCUUUGUUAUCAAAAAAAUCAUUAAAUUUAUUUCAAAAUUUAAUUCUUCAAAAUAAAUCAAAUUUAAUAAUAAAUUAUAAAUCAUUUUUACAAUAUAUAAAUAAUAAUAAUAAUUAUGAAAAUAAAAUAAUUCAAUAUAAAACUAUUGAGGCAAUUAAAAUUUAUAAUUUAAAAGAAUCCACAUCAAUUGCAAAUGAAAAUUUAAAAGUGUGCAGUAAUUUGAAAAAUGUAGAAAUUAUUGAUUAUUAUACUUCAAGGGGUGGUGUUGGAGAAGGAUUAUAUUCAAAGAAAAAAAAUAAUAAAGAAGAGAAAGAAGAAGAAGAGGAGGAAGAAGAGGAAGAAGAAAAAGAAGAGGAACCUAUAAAUUAUAUAGAUCCGGCAAAAAGUUUUAAUCCAAGUUUUGAUAGUUUUUUUAAAUUCAAUAAAUUAAGAAUUGAAAUGGGUGAAACUUGUAAUCCAAUAUCAAAUAAAAAGGAAUAUAAAGAAACUAAAGAGUUUGAUUCAGAAAUCGCAGAAACUUAUCAAUAUUCCUUUGACUUUAUUUCAAAAUACAAUCCAAAAAAACUAUUUUUAAAAUCAAUUUCAUAUGGUUUUCAAAGUAUUACCAAGGUAGAAAAUAUUUUAAAGUGUGCAUCAAUCAAAUCUAUAAAAUUUGAUCAAGGAUAUUCAAUUGAUAAUUUUGAAUUUUUACAACUUGCAUUGCUAAAUUCAUAUAUAACCUCUUUAAGUGUAAGCUUAGAAUUAAAUUCAGAAUAUGAUUUUGAUACAGUUUUCAAAGGUUUAACAGAUUUCAACAACUCAAAUAUUCAAAAGUUACUUAUUUUCUACCCUUAUGACGAUUAUAAUGAAUUUAAUAAUCAAGAAAAACAAUUAAACCAAUUCUUAAAGAUAAUAGAAGGCCAUCCAUACCUAAAUACCCUAUGUCUUGAUAUUUUUCCGGUCCUAGAUUCCAAAUUAUACCAACCAUUAAUAUUAAUGAACAAAAUUAAGACACUUCAUAUCAAUAUUGUUAAUCAUUAUAAAGAAGAAAUUUUUAACCAUGCCCUUAUCAAUCCAAAUCUUUUAAAAAUAGUUAUUCAUUUUAAAUAUCAAUUUAAAGAUCAAUUGUUAGAUUUUAUUAAAAAUCUAAAAGGUAAUAAUAAUUUAAAAUUAUUAGUUAUAAAAUGUUACAAGGUUAAAGAAAGUCCAUAUAAUAUUUCAGAGCUAAUUAAAAAUUUAGAAAUUAAUCAUAUAACAAUUAAUAUUAAAGAAAAUAUUGAGUAUUUUCAAAUAAAAGAAUAA